UAUGGUUCCUAUGAUUCAAGAAUCGGGGCCCACAACAUCAAAAUAAGCAACACAGGAUGCGCCCUAACCUUAAAUUCCUAUUCAGAACAAGUUGCGGAAUAUUAUUUUUAUUUUUCUACUGCGAGUUUUUGAUUUUCUACACCACCCAAUUCAACUGCGAUUGGCCCCAUUUGAACCCCGCAAACGAAGAUGCCUCCAUCGACCCAACCGGCGAAGCGCCAGUCAAGAUCAUGGUCAUCGCGGACACCCAUUUGCUGGGCUCCAAAAACGGACAUUGGUUCGACAAACUCAGAAGGGAGUGGCAAAUGUACAGGGCCUUUCAAACGGCCAUGGCCCUCCACAAGCCCGAGCUCGUCUUCGUGUUGGGCGACCUGAUGGACGAGGGAUUGUGGUGUAGCAGGAGCGAAUUCGAGUAUUACGUAAAAAGGUUUUACAAACUGUUUACUGUACCCAAAGAAACGAAGAUGUACGUAGCUGCCGGGAACCAUGAUAUUGGUUUUCAUUAUCGUGUUAGUCCGUACUUGAACCACAGAUUUGUGCAAGCAUUCGAUGCCCCGGCCGUAAGGCUUGUGAGCGUGAGAGGCAAUCAUUUUGUAUUAGUUAACAGUGUGGCCCUUCAAGGAGACGGGUGCUUUUUGUGCAGGGAAGCUGAGCAACAACUGUCGAAAAUUGAAAAAAUUUUGCAGUGCUCAAAAGGAACAUACUACAGCGAUAAGUGCAAAGCUCAUAAGAAGCUGGAGAAAUAUAGUAGACCUAUACUAAUGCAGCACUAUCCGCUCUACAGACAAUCGGAUAUGGAGUGCAACGAUUUCGAUGCGGCGCCGUAUCCCGUAAAACAGGAAAGGUUCCGGGAGAGCUGGGAAUGCCUCAGCCAGGAAGCCACUCUUCAGUUGCUUAAUCAAGUGAAACCUCGGUUGUCGCUGUCGGGCCACACUCAUCACGGUUGCACGAGACCCCUGCCCAUGGGAGAAGGCCUAGAAGUUACCAUACCCAGUUUCAGCUGGAGAAAUAAAGAUAAUCCCAAUUACAUGUUGGCUGUUUUUACGCCGAAUAAUUAUGCUUAUAUGAAAUGCGAGCUUCCACGAGAAUCGACGGUAAUAAGUCUGUACUUAUUUGGAGUUGCGUUGUUCCUGAUAUGGUUACUUUAUAACUUCAUGUGCAGGAAGAAACACAAAUUUUUAUCAGUUUUGGCUACUUUUAGUAUAUUUUUUAAAUAA